GGCCGGGACCGGCUCUAAUGAAAGGUAGAAACAGUAUCCUGUACCGGUGUUAAGAAAGCCUUGAGAAUACAAACGAUCUGUUUCCAAGACAUUGAAGGAAAAUAUUAGAAGGACACCUCAUCAAAGGUUUUUUCAUAAUGUGGGCAUGGGCUCUACUUCCUAUUUGCCUGAGCAUCUGGGCCAUUGUAGGCACAUGGGUUGUGUAUGUGAUAGCUGUGAACAAUGGCUCAGUGAACAUCACAGAACAGUUUCCUUACAUCAGUACAUGCGGAUCAUACCCUCCUCAGAGCUGCAUAUUUGCACAAGUUCUUAAUGUGGGUGCAAUGCUAGCUGUAUGGAUCUCUGCCAUGAGGUUUCAGCAGAUCCGAGACCGUGGUUUCCACUCUCAUUUGAACUCUGUAAGUCUAGCGAUGGGACUUCUUACAGCUCUGGGGACUUCCAUUGUCGCAAAUUUCCAGCAAUCCAAUCAGCUUGAAACGCACUUAGUAGGAGCUUUCCUAGCCUUCUUCGUUGGCACCAUCUACUUCUGGACACAGACAGUUUUGACCUUCCAGAUGAAGCCAAGAGGUUCUGGGCGUAUUGUUGGAAUCCUGAGAUUUUGCUUCAGUAUUCUUUGCACUGCACUUAUUGCGAUGAUGAUCGCCUUCUUUGCAAAGAGCAUGCCAUCGGAAGCUGCCAUAUGUGAGUGGAUCGCUGCUAUGAUUUUAUUUCUUCUUUACGGAUUGUUCUCCUUUGAAUUUUACUCUUUUGAUGGACAUUUCGUUCAUGUCAUGAAACGGCGGAUCACAAUACCCAAUGAAAUGCAAGUAUCUACUGUCACCCUGACAACGUAGGAUUUUAACACCAUAUCUGGUGUAAUGGCCAUAGAAUGACAAAUCCCUUUCACGGGAUUGUGGAUCUUGAAUAUCUGUACCAGAAUGUUGUGGGACGAAGACAGAAGCACAAGCAAGUGUUACCAAAAGACUAAAGAUAAUAUUUUCUUGGACAGUCCGGUCGUGGAGUCUAGAUUUUAUUUAUAAAUGAUCUUUAAUGGCAUUGACAUAUUUCCUUACAAUAUAUCACCGAAAGAGAUAAAGAAAUGUUUCUCUCCAGGAUCCAAGAUUCUUAAUGUAAUGAACUUGUUAUUUCUGGGGGUUCCUCUGUGAUCCACCAGCCUAGAGGCUGGUCUGUGGAGCUUAGAUGUCCACUAUCCAGAC